AUGCGCCUUCCAAAGACGCAUCGAAUGGUCAAACUCCGAAUUCAUAAAAUUAAUCCGUUCAAAAACAAAAAACGAUACGAAGCCGUUCUGGAAUUCGAGUUGGCAAAUCCAUUGGCGAGUGAUUUAACAAAGAACUUUCUCAAAAACAAAAAGUGUGUCAAAUGGAUCAUGGAAUCCCGCAUAACAACCAUCAAACACCCCAUCAAGCCACGUCAUCUUCUGAAAUCCGCCAUCGAAGCCUACAUCCUCUACAAGGACCGAAAAUCCAGCGGAAAUUGA